AUGAUGUCUGAUCCCAGAUGCAUAGACUCCGCUUUCACGCCGGUCUGCAGCACUCCCACCGAGACGAAAGACCCGAAAUUUGGCCAUACGAUACACAUCGAAAACGUCCGUUCCGAGAAUCCUGACCUGGAGAACACCCCAACAAAGCAAUUCACUCAGCACCAAGAACGAAGACAUAUCAAAGGCCAUCGUCUUUUCUUCGCCUUCUGGGGCUGGGUGAUCACCGAAUUUAUGGGUGGACUCGGUGGUAACAUGCUCUCGCCCGCACUCCCGGUUGUCGCAUCACAGUUCAACGGGCUGAGUAAACUAGGCUGGGUCAGUGGAGCAUAUUACAUGACCCAGUGUGCUUGCAUGCUUCUAUUCGGACAAGCGCUAGCUCUAUUCAAUGGGAAAUACGUCCUCAUCUCGGCAAUAGUAUUCUUCAUGAUAGGUUCUGCUGUCUCCGGCGCAGCCCACAACAUUGAAACGCUGAUCAUCGGACGAGCCAUCGCAGGGAUCGGAGCCGCUGGAUGCUGGGUAUCCGUGCAGACAACAGUUGCGGAAUUAGUGGACCUGGAGUCGCGUCCGCUAGUUCUUGGGCUUUUUGGAAUACAAAAUGCAGUGUCGGGAACCUGUGGACCCAUAAUGGCUGGCGCUCUAACAAGUCGCGGCCAAUGGCGGUGGUGUUUUCUUUUGGUCUUGCCUCUCGGGGUGGUCAGUAUCAUUCUGAACCUUCUCGUUAUCCCAUCACUCCCGCCGUGGCCCAUUGCGGAGGAAAUUGAAUCGAAGCUCGAUAAGAAACUUGAAUCUUGGACGAAACACUCUUGGAAAGGCAAAUCAAUCUUGCUCAAAAGAGCGAUUUUGGUUGACUUCACAGGCUAUUUCCUCGUCACGAGUGCGCUCGUGUGUUUUAUUCUGGCAGUACAAUGGGGCGGAGAUGCAUAUGCGUGGGACUCAUCAGUUGUUGUUGGUCUUUUCGUUGGUUUCCUCGCCAUAACUGCGACAUGGCUCUUUUGGGAGCGGAUAACCACUUGGCCACUGGUUAUGCCUAGGAUAUUUCUCGAUCGCACAGUCGCCGGUGCCACAAUGAUGGCUAUGCUGAAUCUUAUGUGCAACCUGUUCGCGGCGACUUACCUCCCUGUUCUCUACGAAGCAGGCCGAGGCGUCACCCCUCUCAAAGCAGGAAUUCUUGUCAUUCCAUUCUUGAUGUCUGUUGUCGUGUCUCAGGCUCUACAAGGAUUCAUGAUGACUUGGACAAAGCACUGCUGGACAUGGGGCCUGGUAGCCCCAGCCUUCCUUGCUAUUGGCGGAGGCUUGCUCUUCACUGUCGAUGGUGACGCCAAGUCUAGCACUAUAAUCGGGUAUCAGAUAAUCUACGGUAUUGGCGUCGGUCUGGUACAGAAUGUGCCAUAUAUUGCGGUACAGGCUGAUAGUGCACCGGAAGAAGUAUCCAGCAAAAUAGCGACAGUAUCAUUUGGACAGUUGUUCGGAGGCUUGUGCGGGCCGGUCAUUGGUGGCGCUAUUCUUGAUAGCGAGCUUACAACACGUCUAGCUGCAAGCGGUGUAUCGGAUGCUGUGGCAAGUGCAGUGAAGUCGUCUGUUGACGCAGUUUGGGAGCUGAAAGAGGGUCAGUUACGGGAUAAGGUGAUUGCAGCUUAUAUUGCGUCCUUGGAUCGCAUUUUCAUAGCAUCUGUUCCGGUUGCUCUCCUAAUAAUCAUUGCUGGAGCAUGUAUCCGGAAUGUUCGUCUGAAUGAGGGGGUACGCCGAUCAGACACGAGACGGCGCUCUCAGGCUCAAUUGUAA